AUGGAUGAUGAGUUUGACAACUUUGAUGGGGACUUUGACUUGGACGAAAAUGAGUUUUUUGAGGAAACUGGCGAUGAUCCGUCUGCCGCGGCGGAGUUUGACUACCCGCUCUUCUCCGACGAAGUGCCGCGUCCCGGGGGCGGUAACAGCAUGAAUACUAACGAGGUGGUGAGAGCCGCACCACCCGCUAGCAUUCAGGAGCUCUUUCCCAACGCUGCACCUGAUACCGUGCCUGUGAUUGUCGGCAUCAUUGCACAGGCAAAGCUUGGCGUGGGGGUGGAUCUUCGCGCCCUGAGUUGUGCGACGCGAAAUGUGGAGUUUCUCCCGCGCCGCCGAAAUCCGUCGGCGACGAUGCGUCUUCAUGAGCCCACCGCGGUCAUACUGAUCCGAACCUCCGGGUUGAUGUCUGUUAUUGGGGCUGCUAGUGUCAGUGAAGCAAGACAGGCUACCGAACUCGCUGCACGCAUCAUUAGAAAGGCGCUCAGUCUCGAUAUUUCCACCGUUCAAUUCCGCGUGCGUUCUGUCAUGGCGCGAUUUAAUGUUGGACACCCCAUCCGCCUGGAAGAAUUAGCACAACACGAGGGCAUCUUCUGCAGCUACGAGCCCGAUAGAUUCUGUGGCUGCGUCGUCCGUCUCUCAGGGAAGUCGCAUGACAACCAAUGGCAGGUGUGCUGCUCCGUGUUCGUUACAGGUAAGGUAAAUAUGGUCGGCAUUCGUAGCCAGGAGGAGAUGAUGGACGCAUUUUACACACUGUUGCCCAUUCUUGCACGCUACUCAAAGAAGUGGGACGCUGAGACCCCAGUAGCCUCCUUCGAGUCUUGA